GCUGUAACUCUCAAGUGUAGCCAAGGCCUCAAAGUCAGGAUGAACAUAGGGUGGUCACUUUGCCCCUCCUUUGCAUGGGAGGUCUUGCUGUAUCCUGUCAAAGCAAGGCAGAUCCCCUGUUACAAUAUACAGUGGCCCAGAGUCUCAAGAGCAAUACUGGCUGAAAUAGCCAGAAUUCUUCUUGGAGUUGUCAUUGUCACCUGAAAGAGAGUCGUCCUCCGCUCCCCCACCCCACCACAGAUCAAUUGCUUUAAAACAUGGAUUCUUAAUGGGGCUUGUAAUCCCAAACUGUGACCAUCCUGCCCUUCCUGUAUUGCUAAAUGGAAGGAGGGGAAGUCUAAAUGAGAUGCCAGCUAAACAGGGAGUGUCAUGGUAUGGAAAAAGGAGGUCACGUUAUAGAAAACACUGAGACUCUUUACCUCAUAGCAACAAUCUAGACCCAUAUAUUUUUAGUUUUAAAUUAGACACAUUCAAUACACAGCAUUAGAGUUUUCCUCGGGCUCUUUUGUUUGUGUGGGUGGGGAGCACAAGGGGGAGAGGUUGGGGCUGUUUAUUGGCCUCAUAUUAGUUGAUGGAUAUUCAUGCGUGUCAAGGUCUGAUUGAAAUAUCCUGCAUAUUAUAUUCUCUUUACUCUCUGCUCUAGAAUUCUGUAGUCUCCAAGUUAUGAAAACGAAAGAAAAACAGGUACCUGGUUUUAUUGACAUGUAAAUUAGACAUUGAAAUGCAAUUAAAGAAGUCUAUUCAAUGUAAGAAAUGCUGCUGAGAAGUGUUUCAAUUUGUACUGCUAUAUUUCCCACCUCUGUUCAAGUCCACGUUUUUAUUUCAAGUCUUUGGGGGUUGGGGAGGGAAUUAUGUUUUUUUGCUAUUUUAGUUAAUGCUAGUGAUUAAGGCUUUCAUUAUUUUCCCUUUUAGGUGCUUUUACUUCUGGAAAUGAUGUUUGAGGCAAAGAUUUCCCUUUCAGAGGUGAUGGCCGCCCUCUCUACUAUGACAUUCAUUUUAAUUUCUGUAAGAGUAAUAGGUAAUAUGACCAAAAAGAACAUCCUCCCCGCAGGUCCAUGGCCAUUACCAAUUGUGAGGAACCUACUUCAGCUUGGAGAGCAUCCUCACCUUUCAUUUAUCCAAAUGAGGAAAAAUUAUGGGGAUGUGUUUCUCCUAAAGCUGGGGAUAGUACCUGUUGUGGUGGUGAAUGGUCUAGAAACGGUGAAACAAGUAUUACUCAGAGAUGCAGAGAGUUUUGCUGGCAGGCCCAAGAUACACAUCUUUUCUUUCUUUGCUGAUGGAAAAAGUCUGUCAUUUUCUGUAGAAUAUGGGGAGAGCUGGAAACUCCACAAGAAAAUUGCCAGUAAAGCUUUAAGAUUCUUUUCAAAGUCAGAAGCCAAAACUUCUACUUGCUCUUGUCUUCUGGAAGAGCACGUAUGUGCAGAAGCUUCAGCACUGGUGAAAAUGAUCUUGGAGCUCUCCUUAGAGAAAAGUGCCAUUGACCUCACUGGUAUUACCAUCUGCACUGUUGCAAAUGUUGUCUGUGUCCUGUGCUUUGGCAAAAGGUACGAAUAUAAUGAUGAAGAGUUUCUUAGCAUGAUUAGGAUCAACGCAGAUUUUCUAAAAGCCACAAGUGUUGUCAACUCAGCUGAUUUUAUACCCUGGUUUCAUUACCUUCCAAUCCCUGCUGUGAAGGCUGCCCAUGGGUUUUAUGAGGUCUUAAAUAACUUCAUCGCACAAUGAGUAGAACAACAUUAUACCACAUAUGAUAAGAAUCAUCUCAGAGACAUUACUGAUGCUCUAAUAAGUAUAAGCAAUGACAAGAGAAGUGAUGGAAAAGCUCCACUCCUAUCUAAUGAUAAAAUAAUAAGUACUGUGAAUGACGUUUUUGGAGCUGGGUUUGAUACAGUAUCAACGUGUCUAUUUUGGAUCUUUCUAUAUUUGGUAAACAACCCAGACAUUCAGACAAAAAUUCAAGAAGAAAUUGAUGGAAAGAUUGGACUCAGGUCACCAAGAUUUGAUGAUAGGAAAGAUUUGCAUUAUACAGAAGCUUUCAUAAGUGAAAUCUUAAGGCACACUUCAUUUAUACCAUUUACCAUUCCUCACCGUGCAACGAAAGAAACCAUUCUCAGUGGGUACCUCAUUCCCCAAGACACCUGUAUCUUUGUUAAUAUGUAUCAAGUAAAUCAUGAUGAAACAUUAUGGGAAAAUGCUGAUUUGUUUAGACUGGAGAGAUUUCUGAAUGAAAACGGUGAACUCAACAAAAGCCUCAUUGAGAAAGUUUUGGUUUUUGGAAUGGGAAUAAGAAAGUGUUUGGGAGAAGACAUAGCUUGUAAUGAGAUUUUUAUUAUUCUCACCACCAUUUUGCAACAGCUGAAGCUUGAGAAAUGCCUUCAAGACCAGCUAGAUCUGACCCCAGUGUAUGGAUUAUCUAUGAAACCUAAACCAUACCAAAUUCAAGUGGCACUGUGCACCUGAACAGUGCAUCUGGAGAAGCUGCAAUUCAAAACAUAAUUCUCACUCAGUAAAUUAGUGUUGGGAAAUCUAUUAUCCAUAGUGUAAGUUAUCCAUUACCUAAGCUACUGGAGUGCAUCUUUUAAUGAAAGGUGUAUAACAAUAAACAAUCUCUUAAAUCACCUUCUCUCUGAUUGUACUAAUCAGUUAACUGCAGGUUAUGUUAUUGUUAACUUUUUGAAUAAGUUGAUUUAAUUUUUGUUUGUAACUGACUAUUUUAAUGCACCUCUUCUCACUGGAUUUCCUAAAAUAAA